UUUAAUUUUUUCAUGUUUCCAUUAAGAACAAGUAUUGAUGUUAAGGGAUGAUUGUAUUUGAUAUCUUCGCUUCAUUCAUUCUCAAUACCUCUCCUGGCAGCAUAGCGUGUGAGACAGGGUACACCCUGUAAGGGAUGGCAGUAAAGCCAAUCGCGCACACGCUUCAGAGUGACCAGUUCCCCUGAAGUGUGUCAAUGGACUGCGGCAGGAAACCAGAGCACCUGGUAGAGACCCACACAAACAUGAAGAGAACGUGCAAGUUCCACACCGACGGAGCCGAAUUCGAACCUGCUGCACCACCUUGCUGUCACAAUUACUUACAUGAUUUACUUAUAUCAUUUCAUCAACCUGAAAAGCACUCAGCAUUGUAGGGUAACAGGAGUCAUUUCCUCUGUUUUACCCCCAUUACUCGAUUACUGAGAGCUGUAGGAACUGCUGCAAAUUCCCCUUUUGAUGAAAUACAACUGGUGGUAUAAAUAAUUAUCGCUACAUUUCAUCAUAGGCUGCGGGUCAUGAUUUUCGAGAAAGGGAGAGUGUUUCAAUCAAUGUCAAUCUUGCGCAAUAUUUGGAAGUGCUGAUUGUUACUUGUGACAAAAAAAAAAUGAUUCCUGUCGAAUUGUUGCCGUUUCAGCGGACGAAACUGAAAGUAACGUCUACAUUCCCGAGGAAUAAAAGGGCUGCGAUCGUUCAUUCCCAACCACAGUGACAGCGACAGUGGCAGCAUGGGCCGCGUGCGCGCGCACCUCACAGCUCUCGUCAUUUUAGAGGCGCUGAACUGGCACUGGGCUGCGUCCCAACGCGACCUCCCGCGAGCCGCCGUGUCCGUGUGGAGCGGCAGCGCGCAGCUCCUGGUGGGGGAGCGCGUCACCCUGAGCUGCUCCGUCCCGGCGGACGACUCGCACGGCUGGAGGUUCCGGUGGUUCCGAGACGGCCUCCCCCUCAGGAGCUUCGCUUCGGCCGAGGAGCGCUACAGCGUGGCUCCCGCGUUCCCGCGCCACAGCGGCCGCUACACGUGCCUGGGCGAGAAGGACGUGGACGACGGGAGCGCGCCGCGCACGCAGCUCAGUCCUGCGCUCAGGCUCCAGGUGGUGGGUGGCUGGGCUGUAGUACAGCUUCCACCUCAGCCCAUCUUCAUCGGAGAAAAUGUAACGCUCACCUGUCAUGUCUGGGCCAACCCGACUCUCUUAGAAGUGACGUUCUACAAAGACGGACGCGAGUUGCAGAGGGACCGCAACCCAAAGCUGUUGCUGCCCCACGUCUCCAAGAAAGACCAGGGAGCCUACUGGUGCAAAGUGACCUGGUGGCACAGGUUACAGUGGCACACAACUCAGUCAGUGGCCACCGAGCUGCCUGUCAUGGAUAUCCUGACCAAACCCCAGCUUGCUGUGCUCUCGGGCACCCCCACGCUGCAGGGGCAGACUUUGGUGCUGGAGUGCCAAACGGAGCUGAAUAUCCCAAAAAAAGGUCUCCACAUGCGCUACCAGUACUUCCGUGAUGGCCAGAGGCUAGGCAUAGCCACCUCCAAGAGCCGUUACAUGGUGCAUCACAUCGGGCCGCAGGACGCCGGACAGUACCAGUGUAAAGUGACCGUGAGUGGACUAGACCUGAAAAAGUGGAGUGACCAGGUGCACGUGCCGGUCCUGGAUGUUUCAAAGGCAGCUGAGCAAGAUCCUGUCCGCAGAGCUCGCUCCAGAAGCUCGUAACUCAAGUUCAUCCUCUGCAACGGAAGGGUGACGCUGGAUUCAGCUGCCUUCAGAACUUUGUUAUAUGUCAACCAGGUUACUCAUGGAAAGGACAGCUUCUCAGCAAGAAGUUAUCACCUUUUUCUCAGUGAAAAAUCUCUGAUCACGCUGAGGUGGAGACCUAAUAUCUGUGAUGUGGUAUUUUGAGAAUUUUGCAUUGAGAAGAAAUAGUUUUUAUGGUAUAUAUCUAUAAUAUGCUAAGUAUAAUAAUUGAGAAUAUUGUCCAACUCAUCCUAUAUACAAUGUAAAACUAUGGCUGGUACUUUUUAUAUCUUUAUUCUCGAGGCUGAGUGCUUAACUUCAAAAUGUCAGUUCCUUCAUUCCAAAUUUCUGUACAUUUUUAAACAUCAGUGUGAUUUUAA